CCAUAUGUUUGGCAAAUCUCACACUUUUUGGUGAUUUAAACGGAAAGGCAUUGAAUUUAGUGUUAAUUUAGUGUAAAAUCAAACAAUUUUCAAAGCGAGUGGUGGACAGGGAGGACAAGGAGUGGACAUAUGGCUCAGGGAAAGUUGAAAGUGAAGGCAAAACUGCCGGCUAAUGCCAAACAGCACUCCGUCCACAGGGGAGUCAAUAGGAUUAGCAAAGCACCCAAGAAGCAGAAGAAUCUGACGACACAGCAGUUGCUGCAGAAAGAGGUGACCAAAAGUAUUCGCAUGAAUAUCGAGGACAUGGCGAGGGCUAAGGCCGACAAAGACGGCAGACAACUGGCCACCACUUCCGCCAACAAGACUAAGGCGUCCGACAAGACUAAGAGUUAGUUGUGUUCACUAUUGUCUACAGUAUGUCAUCAAUACAACCCAUUUCAUAGACAUUUCAAAAUAAAAUAUUAAUUUUAUUAAAUAUAGCAACAAAUGAAUGAC